AGAUAUCACAAACCUCCUGCAAUGCCAAGCGACUGAUAUUUGCGAACGCGUUAUAGGUCUUGUAUAUUUCGGAGCUGAAUUCAUAAGGUUAACGCGUGCAGCUGCUUGCUGCUAGCUCGCGCGGACUGCCACGCAAGCAGGGAGAGAAACAAGAUUCCAAGAUGCCUUCGGAGGGCUGCUGUGACUGCUUAUCGUGCUUAUGCUGCUGCUGCAGCUGCUGCGUGACAUGUCCGGAACAAGAAACAGUGGCAGUAGUGGAAAAGUGCGGAAGGUUCAGCCAUAUCGCCCUACCUGGCUGCAACUUUGUAAACUGCUUCUGCGGCGUCCGAGUCGCCGGAACUAUGAGUCUCCGUGUCCAGCAGCUCGACGUUAAGUGUGAGACAAAGACUCAAGACAACGUCUUCCUGGUUGUCGUCAUAAGUGUGCAGUACCAGGUUCGUAAGGACUCCAUGUUCGACGCCUACUACAAGCUCACGAAUCCACGGCAGCAGAUUUCUGCGUACGUCUUUGACGAAGUUCGCGCCGCCGUGCCGAAACUGACUUUGGACGACGUUUACGAAAUGAAGGAGGAGAUCGCCAAGAACAUCAAGGACGCCCUGGCCAAGAAUAUGUCCGAAUACGGAUACCUGAUUAUCCACGUGCUCGUGAACGACUUGGAGCCGGCGCACAAGGUAAAGGACGCCAUGAACGAGAUCAAUGCCGCCCGGCGUCUGCGUGUCGCUGCAGCUGAAAAGGCCGAAGCAAACAAGCUCGCCAUCGUCAAAGCCGCGGAGGCCGAGGCCGAGGCCAAGUACCUGCAAGGGCAGGGUAUCGCUAGGCAACGCCAGGCAAUCAUCCAUGGCCUCCGAGACUCUGUAGCCGACUUCCGGGUGCGUGUGUAUAGCGUCUCCUCGCGUGAGGUGCUGUCCCUAAUGCUCAUUACCCAGUACUUCGACACACUCAAGGACGUGGGCAGCCACAGCAGAGCUUCCACUUUGUUCCUCAACCACUCGCCAAGCGGGGUCGGCGACAUCGCCCAACAGAUUCGAAACAGCUUCCUCGAGGCGAGCGCCGCCGCUCCCGGCAUGGCAUUUAAGCAGGAAUAG